CACAGUGCCAGCUCCACUCGUGCCUCCCUCCACACUCCUGCAGACAUGGGGAGAAGACAGACGCGUGAUCAAGGAUCGCCCCCCAUGCCCAGCCAAGACGCAGGAGACGAGAUGCCCAUUGCCAAACCCAAAAAAAAGAAAGCCAAAAAGGAAAUCAUCGAAGUGGAUGACCCUGACGAGAAGAGUGCGGAUGAUGGGCUGGAGAUGGAGGGCUUGUCCAGCCGGCGUGAGUCGGAGAGCAGGGAGCCCCUGACCCCUGAGCCGCCCCCCAGUCCACCACAGAAGAAGAAGAAGAAAAAGAAGGCACAGAAUCUCGAGCUGGAGCUGGACCAGAUGGAGCUGGCCAAUGGGGACAUGGCUGACCAGCAGGUGGACGGGGAGGAGGUCACCAAGAAAACCAAGAGGAGGAAGAAGCCGAAGGCGGUGGAGAUGCAGUUCCAUAACGAGUUGACGGUGGAGGACGAGGAGCUGUCGGAGCCGCACGGGUCCAUCCCCCAGCGCUCCCUCUUCUCCGCUCCCAUGGGGCCCGGCUUCCCCAUGGGCAAGGUGUUCGUCGAGAGGAACCGCCAGUUUGGUGACCGCCUGGACCUUCCCCUGCCCAGCAUGCAGCUGGACGAGUUCAUGGAGGUCAGGACCAUGUGGUCCACGCGGGACGUGGCCAUGAGGGUGCACAGCGGCUUCAGGAUCAUUGGUCUGUUCUCCCACGGGUUCCUGGCUGGCUAUGCGGUGUGCGUGUGUGUGUGUGUGUGUGUAAUGCUGUUUGUAUACAAUGCUGCGUUGCGCUGCAGGAUCAUUGGUCUGUUCUCCCACGGGUUCCUGGCUGGCUAUGCGGUGUGGAACAUCAUAGUGGUGUACGUGCUGGCAGGGGAACAGCUCACCACCCUCCCCAACCUGCUGCAGCAGUACCAUCCCCUGGCCUACCCUGCCCAGUCCCUACUCUACCUGCUGCUCGCCAUCAGCACCGUGUCUGCGUUCGACAGGGUGAAUCUGGCCAAGGCCUCUAUGGCCCUGAGGGGGCUGCUCACCAUGGACCCAGCAGCCCUGGCCUCCCUUUUGUACUUUGCAGCUCUCAUCUUGACUCUGAGUCAGCAGAUGACCAGUGAUCGCAUCCAUCUCUACCCUACUGGCAAUCAGACACUCUGGCCCCCUGGUUCGGAGCAGCAGCUGCUGAAGCCCUGGAUCGUGGUGAACCUGGUGGUGGCUCUGCUGGUGGGGUUGGCCUGGGUCUUCAUCUCCACACGGCCCGACAUGGACUACACAGAGGAGUUCCUGAUGGCGAUGGAGGUUGAGGACUAUAGACAUGAUGACAAACUGGACAUCCCCACCUGAGGACAUCAAUUUGAGUUGUGUAAACGAAACGGAAAUGAUUUUGUACAGAUGACAGAUGUGAAUAGAUUGUAACAGUGAACAAUUUUUUUAUUAAGAGAAAUAAAGAUAGAAGAAAUCAAA